GCGGAGAGCCCGAAGCUGUCCUUCUUCGGCCUAGGAGGCGGCGUCUCCGACGUCUACAACCAGAACGACAACCCGAUCAACCCGUACUCGCAGUUCAGCGAGGUCGGAGACGAGUCCGUCUACAAGGCCCGCACCGAUCAGGAGGUGGCGCGAAGGAAGAAGGCGCUCGCGAACUCCUUCGAGCGCUUCGACAAGACCGCCUUUUACAUCAAGACGAAGCAGUCGCAGCAGCUGACCUCCAACCUCCAGGAGGCUGCUGGCUUCAAGCAGGACCGG